GGCAUUCCGUGCGUGUGCCGCUCCCACCCUGCUCGCCAGGGCAGCCCCCCGCCCCAGGUGACCCUUCUGCCUCACACAGAUUAUUUUUAUCUUCCUUUGUUCGCCAAUAAAAAUCCCUCCCGGUUUUUCUGUUUUCCAUCUGACACACGGAUUGUUCCCGCGUGCGCUUCCUCCUCUCCUGGCCUGGGGCAGAGGGAAGGGAGGAUCCCAGAUCGCCUCAUGCCACAGGAAUUUUCACGUGCUUUUCCAUCUCAGGUGGGAGAGCCUCCGGGACAGUCAGGAAUGUCCCGCGGGCCGAGGAGACACGAGUCCAAGCAGGACAGCCCAGAGUGGCAGAGAACCAGGCCACGAUCCCGAGCAUCAGCUCGCCAGUGCCUUCCCCUCCAGGCACCAGUUCCGCUCGGGAAUUAGCGAGAUCGCUGGGGAGACAGGACUUCUAACCCAUCACCCCAGGUCUGAGCGACUGUGGGACAACCUGAGCCCCAAAAUCCUGCCCAGGGGACCGGUGUGCUGUUCCAGGCGAGGGGCACUGGCAGGCGCCUGGAGCACAGAGCACAGGAGAGCAGCAGCUGUUUGGAAAACCAGAAAAAAGGCAAAAACCCGUGCCCGCACUGGCAGGGUGGCACUGCCAGGCUCGGGUGACACACUCGCUCAGGGGUCUCAGCGCUUGCGGGCGGGCGUUUCGCUGCUACGGCUCCCGUGGGAGGGCAGGGGGCCGACCCCGAGCCCCGGGCACCGGCCGUGCCCCCGCCGUUCCCCUCCGGGCCGCCAGAGGGCGAACAACGCUCACCGGCGGGACUGGCGCGGUGCGCGCCGGGAGCUGUAGGCGCGGCUGGGUUAGCGCGGUGCGCGCCGGGAGCUGUAGGCGAGCAGCCCGUUAAUAAGGCCGCGCACCGAGGGUCUCGCGGCGUCGUGCUAGUGUCGUCACUUCCGGCGCGCUGGGCCUGGCGGGAUGGCGGCGCGGCGGCCGGCGCGGCGGGAGCGGGACACCGAGCACGACCCCGACCCCGACCGGGCCGGGAUGGCGACGCUCCCUGAGAAGACCGUGAACGGCUGGGUGCUGCACUUCUACUUCCACCGGGCCAUAGAGGCCUACCGCUCCGGGCGCAACCGUGAUUUCCGCCAGUUCCGCGACAUCAUGCAGGCGCUGCUCGUGCGGCCGCUGGACAGGGAGCCGGACGUGGCGCAGAUGCUCCGCAUAAUGCAGCUGCUGUCGCGGGUCGAGGAGGGCGAGAACCUCGGUAGGCGCCCAGCCCUUCCUGCGGGCUCUGCGCAGCCCUGGUGCCGCUUGCGGCCCGCUCCUGCUCCCCCUGUCCCGUGCCCCCGCACUCCCGGAGCUGUGUCCCCGCACAGAGCGGGGCCUGGUGCGGGUCUCCCCGCGGGUGAGGGGGGCUCGUCCUGUCUGCCUCGCUGGGGGCCGAGAGCAGCAUCCGGGGCUGGCGAAACCCAUCGGCCUGGUGACUCUGCUUAGCCUCGGGGCUUCCAAACGC